AUGUGUCUGAGCAAGUUGGGACAAGUUGAAAUAACGCCAGGAAACAUGUUAUACGACGGGUUAAAACAAGAAUUGCGUUUAAAAUUAAAACAUGUCUUCUCUGGCGUCAUCCCUACCAAUAUCUUUUUUAAUGUGCUAAAACAACAACGUGAGGAAUUGGAUAAAUUAAGAAAGACGUUCUUAUUUGUGUGUCAGCAGAUCGGGAUAAAUGGAGUUCAAGUAUGGCAGACCGAACUCUCCACAAUUACCAUAGACGCCCUUAAUUCAUGCUUUUCAGUGGGUCAUCAUAAUCGUGUAUCAUAAUAUUAUUUUUAAGAGAUUCACGUCCGAAAAACAGAGUGUCCCACUGAAGUCCACUGCAUUUAACGCCUUUAUAUUAAAGAUGCUCCAAUUCACGGACCCGACGUAAGCAAACCUAUGAUUUUAUUCACACUUGUUUUACAAGGAAAGUACUUUUAUGGGGGCUCCUACUUUUUGACGGGACAUACCUCAAAAAAUCAGAAAAAAUGUGCUGAUCAUGAAUAUAUAAAUCUUAGCUGCCCAUUUUAGGUUUUUAGGGGUGAAAAUGCCCAAAAACUGGCUCAAUUUCCCUACAAAAGGCGCAUGCAUUCGAAACGAUAAAAAGCGCAGUCGGUCUCUUCCUUCGUAAGAGGGCGGUGUGGCCGAGUGGUUAGUGCCGUAGUCUGGGAAUCAAGAGGGGGGAUGCCGCACGGGUUCGAUUUCCCUUUUGGGCUGAAUCAACUUUUUUUGAAGUUGAAGGUCGGAAAAAUAAAUUUUUGGGCCAAGACUGAUUUAUUACGUCUUAGAAACUCAAUAAACAUCAUUUUAAGCCAAAAUAAAAAUUGUAAACCCGUGAAAAAUUAGGCGAAAAGGGGUUCAUAUAGGACUUUAAGUCAACUUCCGAUUGAGUUUUCACCCCUAAAAACCCAAAAUGGGCAGCUAAGAUUUAUGUAUCCUUGAUCAGCACAUUUUUUCUGAUUUUUUGAGAUAUGUCCCGUCAAAAAGUAGGAGCCCCCAUAAAAGUACUUUCCUUGUUAGAAGUACCGUAUUCUCUUUGAAAUCUCUGGAAUGGUGGAAUCAAACAAAGAGCAAGUUGGAAUACUCAACUACCAUACUGCUAAUUUCUCACCAAUGGAUUCCGAGUUUCUUUUUAAUCGGAAUUCGACGAAUUAUUCAAAAAAUGUUGGUUAAUGAGAUUAAUAACUUCGGGGUUCUGCUAAUGAGGCAUCAAAACAUUGGAUCUGUUGAUCAGAUUGGCUCUAUUGAUCAGCUCACAAAAACUCCGGAGUUUUCAAAGUUUUACAGCGCUUGUUUGCCACUGAUAAGUAAAGUAAGCAUCACCCUAAGUCAUUGCAUCUUCGUUAAGAUUGGACAAUAUGCAGUCCUCGACGACGCUUUGAGUAUUUCCAUUGCCGAAAGCUCAAUUUCUGAGGUCAGUUUGUUAAGAAAAGCUGCAAAGACAGCAUUGGAGUAAGUUGACACGAUUCAGUUAACAUUAUCCUCAGUUAUUCUCAAUUACAAGAGACUAAAAGUGGAGUUGAAUCUAUGGAAAUCCCGAGGCAGCUAGAGGCUAUUCUCGAAAAAACUGGUUUGGUGGAUUAUAGCCAUCUGGUGGUCCCUCUUCCACCUUUCAGUAAAUCCCGGAACUCUCUAAUCAUUUUCUCCAUCCUCUCACAAUGUCUCUCUACUAACGGUAAGUUCAUGUAAAACAUAUUACUUCUCCUUUCAGCCAUUACAACUAAAAAGAGUGAAUUCAUGGACCCUUUUUCCAUUGUCAAGGGUAUUGAAAAGAUAAAAACUUGUUUUGAACUCGACUACCAAUUCGAGUAUCCAUUGUCGAUUAUAAGCGGAGACUCAGCUGGCUAUCUAGUAGCCAGAAGACUCAAGAUUGAUAACAUUAACCAUCCUUUCAAGAAUGUAAGGUUAAGGUAACAAUUAUAAUCAAAAAAUACUAUUUCAGGUCCCAGAGCCCUUCAAGAAAUAA